AUGCAUGCCCCGUCUAUGCUCCUGGCCGCCGCGGCCUUCCUUGGCUCGGCCGCUGUCGCUGCUCCCGCUGAGUUGGCUGCCGCCGCACCCGCUGCCGGCAAGCUGCGCAUCAUGCCCCUGGGCGACAGCAUCACGGAGAUCACCUGCUGGCGCGCACUUGUAUGGGACAUGAUCGCCGAGGCUGGGUACGCCGACAAGGUGGAGUACGUCGGCUCGCAGAAGAGCAACCCGCAAAACUGCAAGCCCCAGACGGCCAACUGGGACCAGCACCACGAGGGCCACUCGGGCUGGCUGGCCAUUGACAUUGCCAACAACUACAUCACCAAGUGGAUGGCCAGCACGCCUGCCGACAUUGUCAUGUUCAUGCUGGGCACCAACGACGUGACGGGCCGCCACAAGACGGCAGACAUCAUGGCCGCCUACACCAAAAUCGUGACGGUGGCGCGUGCCGCCAACCCCAAGAUAAAGAUCAUUGUCGACAAGGUCAUCCCGCUGCCGCUGAGCCCCCAGGGCAUCAUCGACAUCAACAAGGCCAUCCCUGCGUGGGCGACGGGCCUGAACAGCACCGACUCGCCCAUUGUGAUUGCCGACUGCAACACGGACUUCCCCACGAGCGACCUCCGCGACGGCAUUCACCCCAACCUGAGCGGCGACAAGGUCAUGGCGUCGCGCAUCGGCCCGCUGCUGCUCAACUUCAUCAAGGAGUCGCUGUGA